UUCUUAACACUCCCGGAUCAGAUGUCAUCAAACCUCUCACUUUUUGUCUUCCCCACUCCGGAGCUUUACAGAGAAGGCGCGUUCCGCGCACGCGCAGGAAGAGAAUCGCGUUGCUAGGGUGGAGCGGCCCUUAGUUACCGCGUGUUGCUGCUGCUGCCGCCGCCGCCGCAAUCGAGGAACCGCGAAAAAAUGGUGGCGACUCCGCAGAUAAUUAUGGAGGGAGAUCUUCGGAAUAUUAUUAUCUUCAAUGCUUCCAAAAAGGAAAUUUUUACUAUGAACAGUGGUUAUAGGAUUUUACAAAAAAAACUUCGUAGUAACUGGAAAAUACAGAGCUUAAAAGAUGAACUCGGUUCAGAGAAACUUUCAGGAGUAAAACUUUGGAUUACUUCAGGACCCCGAGAAAAGUUUACAGCUGCUGAAUUUGAAGUUCUGAAGAAAUACCUAGAAAGUGGUGGGAAUAUCUUGGUGAUGCUGGGAGAAGGUGGUGAAUCUCGUUAUGAUACUAACAUCAACUUCUUAUUAGAAGAGUUUGGGAUAAUGGUCAAUAAUGAUUCUGUGGUGAGAAAUGUGUAUUAUAAAUAUUUCCAUCCUAAAGAAGCCUUGGUGUCUAAUGGAGUUUUAAAUAGGGAAAUCAGCAGAGCUGCAGGAAAAACAGUAACUGGGAUAAUAGAUGAAGAUACUGGUGGAAAUGAUUCGCAGGCUCUCACUUUUGUAUAUCCAUUUGGUGCUACAUUAAAUGUAAUGAAACCUGCUGUGGCUGUUCUGUCUACAGGCUCUGUGUGUUUUCCUCUUAAUAGACCCAUUUUGGCUUUUUAUCCUUACAAGACUCAAGGUGGCAAAUUAGCAGUAUUGGGAUCGUGUCAUAUGUUCAGUGAUCAGUAUUUGGAAAAAGAAGAAAAUACCAAAAUCAUGGAAGUACUUUUCCAGUGGCUUACAACAAAUGACAUUCACUUAAAUCAGAUAGAUGCAGAAGAUCCAGAAAUUUCUGAUUAUACAAUGCUUCCUGAUAUAGCCACUUUGUCAGAACGGUUACGAGUUUGUCUGCAAGAGGGAGAUGAGAAUCCACGAGACUUUACAACACUGUUUGAUAUGUCUAUUUACCAACUAGAUACUACAGCGCUUCCAAAAAUUAUUAAGUCUUAUGAACAACUGAAUGUGAAAUAUGAACCACUUCAGCUAAUUCAACCACAGUUUGAAACACCUUUACCUGCACUCCAGCCAGCAGUUUUUCCACCAGCCUUCAGAGAGUUGCCUCCUCCCAGCCUGGACUUGUUUGAUUUGGAUGAAACUUUUUCUUCUGAGAAAGCUCGUCUCGCCCAAAUAACAAACAAGUGUACUGAAGAUGAUCUGGAAUUCUAUGUCAGAAAAUGUGGUGAUAUCCUAGGGGUAACUAAUAAACUGCCAAAGGAACAACAAGAUGCCAAGCAUAUACUGGAGCAUAUUUUCUUUCAAGUGGUGGAGUUCAAGAAGCUAAAUCAAGAACAUGAUAUUGAUACAAGUGAAGUUGGAUUCCAGGGUGGUUUCUGAAAAAUCUAAAGUAUAAACAAUGUCUCCUUUUUGGAAGAAGAGGAAUCAUAAUUUAUUGAACAAGCCCAUGACAAGUGACUGUUAUCUGCCAAUUUUCUAUAUCCACACUAUGUUGUAAAUAUGAAGAUAAUCUAAAAUUUUGAAUGAGAUACUGUCUUAGAGGCAGUUAUUUUGAUUUAUAUAUAUAUGUAUAUAUAUAUAUAAUAUUAUAUAAUGUGUUUUUUAAAUAAAUCAUUUAUACAAUUUGAAA